GAUAUGAAAAAAAAGUUAUCUGAAUAACAUCGAAAGCAAUACCCGGAAUUUAUUCUUCGAAAAAUAUUCCACAUAAAAAGACUGUUUUAUUUUUUUAUUUUUCUAUUUUCUGGGAAAAAUAGUUUUUUUUAGAAAUAAUGACGCUCGAUUUGAAUAAAGAUUUUCCGGUAUUGAAGAAUGAUAAUUUGUUGAGAGCGGCAAGAGGUGAAGACGUUGAUCGAAUUCCAGUAUGGGUGAUGCGACAGGCUGGUCGAUAUCUACCAGAAUAUCAGGAAGUACGAAAACAAAAUGAUUUCUUUACCAUUUGCCGUACGCCUGAGUUAGCCUGCGAAGUGACCAUGCAGCCAUUGCGACGGUUUGAUCUUGAUGCUUCCAUCAUUUUCUCGGAUAUUCUCGUGAUUCCGCAGGCGUUGGGCAUGAAUGUGGAAAUGGUUCCCGGAAAGGGUCCCGUUUUCACCGAACCACUCGUAACACCGUCAGAUACGGUAAAAUUGAAUGCGACAGGGGCAGUGGAUCGUUUAAAGUAUGUUGGAGAUGCGAUCACAAUGAUGCGUCACAAACUAGAAGGCAACGUGCCUCUGAUCGGUUUCUCUGGCGCACCGUGGACAUUGAUGGGAUAUAUGAUCGAAGGUGGUGGCAGCAAAACAAUGUCCAAGGCCAAGGGUUGGCUUACCAAACACAAUGAAGUGUGUCACAAAUUGCUGUCGCUGCUGACCGAUGUCAUCGUCGACUAUUUCGAGAUGCAAGUGAAAGCAGGUGCUCAACUGAUACAACUAUUCGAAUCAAGCGCCGAUUACAUUGAUAAGGAACAAUUUGCGGAAGUAUCAUUGCCAUAUGUGCGCCGAGUCCGUGAUCAACUGCGAAAACGAUUGCAAGAUCAAUCAAUCGAACCAGUGCCCAUGAUUUUAUUCGCUAAAGGAGGCGGUCAUUCUCUGUCUGAACAAGCUCAAUGCGGAUACGAAGUGAUUGGAGUUGAUUAUAAUGUAGAUCCAAUCGAAGCCAGAAAAGCGGUCGGUCCAAAUGUGACGCUUCAGGGCAAUUUGAAUCCGGCUGAUAUGUAUCUUCCAGAGGCUGAGCUAAGGGCCCUAACAAAUCAAAUGGUACGGAAGUUUGGGAUGAAACGCUAUAUUGCUAACUUGGGACAUGGAAUCACACCACAAACGCCAAUCGAUAGCAUGCUUACCUUCGUUAAUACAAUUCACAAUGUUUCUCAAGAAUUGCGAUUCAAUGCUGGGAAUUGAUCAUUUUUCUAUUUAAACAUUAGAAUGCAUUUUUCUAUACCAUAAAAAGAAUUGUUCUUUAGUUUUUGUUUUCAAGAAAUAAAUUUAUUCGAUGAGAAAGCAAAAAAA